AUGAAUACUGACCUAAAAUAUAUUCCCCCAAGUGAUAAUCCGGUGAACCCGGCAAAUUCACCCUCUGCGGAGGCAUGGACCCAUGGAUUUUGGGGGGGUCCAUCAGUAUUCGUCAACCGGCCAAAGCUGUGCAGCCUGGCUGACGUGCCUUCGGGCAGAACUCCAACCGACGCGCCUUCGGGCCAAAAUCUGACUAAAAUCGCUAAUGACCCUAAUCUGACAAUAAUUGACGACCUAUCAGCCAGAAGCACGCUUCGUCUCAAAGGCGGCGGAGACGAAGAGGAUAAAAAUGGAGAGUUCGGCUCGUCCUUUAACACCCCGACUUUCCAAGGAAAACGCAGGAGACUCACCGAGGACGACCUAAGUCCCGAUCCGAGCGGCUCUCUGAGUACGCACGCUUUGUCUAUUGAAAAGUACUCGGACGAGGCUAGCACGCUAAUAAAUGACUCCCGAGCGAUCCUUGAAGAUAUGGUUAAGGAAGCUAAGGUAGCUAGAAGAUGGGUAAGCACCAUCGGUCUUCAGCUUGACGAAAUCCUCGUUAGCAAUAACCGUCUUACUCGAACAAGCUACAGAGUCCUCGGUAUGUGGGAAGAACAGCGCAGCGAGCUCCGAGCGUUUCAGGAGCAUAUAAAUGACCUCCAUAGCGAUAUGGGUGCUCUUAAGGAACGUUAUAGUCAGUGUCAGGCUGACAGAGACAGCGCCAAGGCGGAAUUGGCAGCCCUACGUGCGUCCGGCAGUUCUGCCCCCCCCUCAGCCGUUAACUACGUCAACCAGGCUCUUACCUCCACCUAUCGAAUAUGUAGACAUUGA